AUGAUGCCAGGACACUGCUCAGAGGAGGAGGCAGAGGCAAUCGUCAUGGAGCUCUUUAACAUUGGAAAGCACAGAAACCCCGAGUUCCUGUGUGUAUUUCCGGGAAGGGGGUUGGAGGCUAAGAGAGUGGAGGCAGAAAGAUGUUGCAUAUGUCUUGAGGACAUUAUGGGAUCCAGGGCCGCGGUUAAGUGCGGGCAUGCCUUCCACUCAAAGUGCAUUUACUCGUGGCUCGAGGUCAAGAGAACAUGCCCGAGCUGCAGGGUGAGAGUAGAGUGGAAUGUGUGA